AUUUUACUUGUUGCGAAUAGGAUUUUAAGAGAGAAUAAAUAGAGGAAAAGGGUUAAAGAAGAGCGUAAGAAGUGAGGAGACGGAGACAGACGCAUUACGCAAGAGAGUGUGUGUGUGUUCCACAGCUGAGAUAUAGAGUGUGAGUGUGAGUGUGAGUGUGUGAGUGCAGUUAGCAACAGCAGCGCCGCUCCUUCAACACUUCUCAGAUCCUUCCAUUCUUCGCUUCCAUGGACCAGUACGAGAAGGUUGAGAAGAUUGGGGAAGGAACCUACGGCGUCGUUUACAAGGCUCGCGACCGCGUUACCAACGAGACCAUCGCUCUCAAGAAGAUUCGCCUUGAGCAGGAGGAUGAAGGCGUUCCUAGCACUGCAAUUCGCGAGAUUUCUCUCCUCAAGGAAAUGCAGCACAGGAAUAUUGUUAGGUUGCAGGAUGUGGUGCACAGUGAGAAGCGAUUGUAUUUGGUUUUUGAGUAUCUGGACUUAGAUCUAAAGAAGCAUAUGGAUUCAUCUCCUGAGUUUGUUAAAGAUCCACGGCAAGUAAAAAUGUUCCUUUAUCAAAUUCUCUGUGGCAUUGCUUACUGUCAUUCACAUAGAGUUCUUCACCGAGACUUGAAACCACAGAAUUUGUUGAUAGAUCGCCGCACUAAUUCACUAAAGCUUGCAGAUUUUGGAUUGGCUAGGGCAUUUGGCAUUCCUGUCAGAACAUUUACACAUGAGGUGGUGACACUGUGGUACAGAGCUCCAGAAAUAUUGCUUGGAUCUCGUCAUUACUCUACCCCAGUUGAUGUUUGGUCAGUGGGAUGUAUAUUUGCAGAGAUGGUAAACCGGCGACCUCUAUUCCCUGGAGAUUCCGAGAUUGAUGAAUUGUUUAAAAUAUUCAGAAUCAUGGGCACCCCAAAUGAAGAUACAUGGCCUGGAGUAACUUCAUUGCCUGAUUUUAAAUCAACCUUUCCCAAGUGGCCACCUAAGGAGCUAGCUAAUGUGGUUCCAAAUCUUGACCCCGCUGGUCUUGACCUCCUUUCUAGUAUGCUUUGCUUGGAUCCCAGCAAAAGAAUCACCGCCAGGAAUGCUGUAGAGCAUGAAUACUUCAAGGACAUUAAGUUUGUACCAUGAUUCCAUAUCUUAAUGAUGGAAAAAGGUGUUUAUAUGUGUAGAAUUUAUGGGUUUUGACGCUGCGAGAAAUGCGUGCUUUCCGUCAAUGACUUCGGACUGGGUCUUUCUUUGUCCUUGCAAAUAUUAGAAUCAACUUAUGCGUGAUCCAUAUUGCUUCAUUUUUGUUUUUUUGCCCAAGUCUAGACAAAAUUCGGCAGGCAAAAUUUAAUUUUGCUUGAUGUAAAGUUGCUGUUUCUAAAUAUCUUUAACCUCAUAGAAGUUGCUAUAUUCGUGCAAUGCAAUUUAUGUGUCCCAAAGUAAUUAAGGGAGGA